UUCAGCUCAUUUUGACACGUCAAUGAGGAUAUUAUUGUUGGAUAAUUGCAUACCACUAUGGCUAUGGCUGAAAGAGCAUGUCUGGCUUUUCUGAAUGGGAUGUAAAACAUGUAAGAGAUACUUUUAUUUCCAUGGAGGGGCCAAAACAAGAGAAAGAAAAGGCUGGGAAAACGGUGAGGUUUAGAGUAGCGGCUGCCAACAGUGGCCGGGUCCUUGCGGAGGUGUUCAAGGAUGAGAGAACCUGGUGUGGCUCAGUGUCGGAGUCGGUGGACUCUGACAGCACCAGUAACCCAGAGGCAGAGCAGGGCGGCUCACUCCCGGCCAGCGAGGCCAACAGUCACCUGAACGGUCUGGUGGUGGAAAGUCCUGUGGACGAGAACGGCUGUGAACCUGAUGACCUGCUUCUGUACGCCAGUGCCAAGAGAGAGAUGCUCUUCAGCAACAAGCGGAUAAAUAUCUGCAGCAAGAACGGGACCAUACGAGGAGUGAGGAACAAAGUGAGCGCUGGACAAGUGCUUUUUAACAACCUCUCUAACGUGUACUCUGGUUCCCUGCGUCAUCAGAAAAGGAGACCAUGGGAAAAAUAAAUAGUGUGUGAUCAGCAAGGAGAUAUGACCCAGACGCCCUCGUUUGCUCCACCCUGUGCAAAUUCUUUCAUUCAGAGUCAUCCAGCUGACAAGGUCUUAAUGAUACGUAGCAAAUAAUGCACUAUAUGAUGUGGUGCAUUAUUGUAUAUAGUUUAAUUGUUGCACAUUUGUCAUUUAACUCCAUCUUUUAUAACCACUGCAACUUCUCUGAAAUGGAACAAUGCUAAAUAUGUGAACAUCAACAAAACAUUGUUUACAUGCACGUUUCAAUAAAUGCAUGCAACAAAUACAUUCACUCAGUGCGCUGAGACUUUAAUGUGUUUCCAAAAAGAUUUUUGUAUUUUUUUUAAGAUGUUCUAACUUUAAUUGAGACCCAAAAUUUCAUAUGAUUUUUGAUAUUUGCUGGAUUCUCUUUCACGGCUUGUUGCUGAAUUACGUGUGUUUUUGUAAGCAUUUUAUAACGUUGUUCACACUAGACUGGGCUUGCCAUCAUGUUCAGUGUAUAGUUGACAUAUAGUAAUUUACUGUUUCUGAUUUGUUAUAAAUACAUUUAUUAAAUGCUUGCAGAUAUGUUUUGCAUCAUGUGUACUAUGUGGGUAGCUUUUUAUUCUUUUUCUUUUUAACAAGCACUCAACAUAAGAAGUGGCUCAUUUUAAUUUUUUAAAGUCAGCUACAGAUAUAAAACUUAAUCUGUAUAUGUCCAGUUUUGAGAUUAUAUAAACUGCGAGUCAAGACUCAUUGUCAUGCUACUUUAUUUUAGAUAACAGCUUGUAGGAUAUCUUUACUGGACAGAAAAUGAUCACGUGUUACAAAAACCUGGAUGAUUUUGUUUAACCCUCUGGGUCAAACGCUCAUCUCAAAUGUUUCUUUAUCACAUCCUUUUAUAUAAAAGUGGUCUACUGCCCAUGAAUUCUGCAAAGAAGUAUCCAGUAUAUAAUAACUAGGUGGGAAGAAGUUGGCUUAUAAUGUGUAACACAGAAUUAAGUGAUACAUUUCAUUUUAGGCUUUAUAAAUAGUCAAACAGACAGGUCAUUUUUUUUUAUCCGGGAUAAAAGUUGCAUUGCAUGUUCAACAAUACGAUUGUUAAGCAGUGCUCCGCUCACGUCAUAAAGCCCAAUUCACCAUCUUAUAAAAUAUAUUUAAUUUAACAGAUUUGUUAAGAUGUCAGGUUCAAAACCUGAUUUCUUCCGUUCAGUUUUGUUUAUAUUGCACCAAAUUAUAAUAUACUCAUCUCAGGGUGAUUUGCAUAAUGAGAUCUAGGCCUUGCAACAUAAUGGAGAAAAACACAAUAAUUCCCCUUCAGGCAGCACUUGGAGACAGUGGGGGCACAGAGGUAAUAAGAUGCAAUAAUAACGCUCAUACAGUGAACGGAUGGAGGGGCAAAGAGUGGAGAGCUGAAUUAGGUGCAGACACAGUCAUGAUAUACAGUACUAGAGAGGCUUUAGGUAAGCCUGCACUUUGAGAGUGAGAGUGACCUAUUGGGGUGAAAAAAUAGAUUACAUUUGACCAAAGUGGGUGCUGCAUUUUGUCUUUCUUCCUUUCUUUCUUUUUAACAAUGCAAUUACAUGCUUCUUAGGUGGAGUUAUUGCAUGCAAACGUUAUGAUUAGUUUAUAAGUUUAUAUAAUAUAGUACUUUAUUAUGUAUUAAAUUAUCAGAAUAUAAAUGAUUAAAAUCUGUCUUAGUAAUUCAAUGGUUUGCAACUGAUUAUUUUCAUUAAUGAUAGCCUAUGCCUGGUGAUUAUUUUUG